AUGUCCUUCGAAAACCCCACCCAGAUCUUCGAAGAGGGCGCCAUAGAAGAGAAGGGCGAGAAUGCACGUCUUUCAGCCUUCGUAGGCGCCAUCGCCGUCGGCGACCUCGUAAAAUCCACCCUAGGACCCAAAGGAAUGGACAAGAUCCUGCAAUCAGCGUCAACAGGCGAAAUCUUGGUCACAAAUGACGGUGCAACAAUCCUCAAAAGCAUAGCCCUCGAUAACGCAGCCGCGAAAGUCCUGGUCAACAUCAGCAAGGUCCAGGACGAUGAAGUGGGAGACGGCACAACCUCGGUGGCAGUCUUGGCCGCAGAGCUGUUAAGAGAAGCAGAGCAGCUUGUGAACCAGAAGAUACAUCCGCAGACAAUCAUCGAAGGCUACCGGAUAGCGAGUGCAGCGGCGCUCAAAGCGCUAGAAGAGACGGCAGUAGACAACAGCAACGACAAGGAACGCUUCCGCAACGACCUCUUCGCCAUCGCACGAACGACGCUCAGCUCGAAGGUCCUAGCGCAGGAUAGAGACUACUUCGCCAACCUCGCCACGGACGCUGUCCUACGUAUGCGCGGCUCCACGGAUCUUACACAUAUCCAAAUCAUCAAGAAAGCGGGUGGAAAGCUCUCCGACUCUUACCUCGACUCAGGUUUCAUCCUGGACAAGAAGUUCGGCGUGAACCAGCCAAAACGAAUCGAGAAUGCCAAAAUCUUGGUUGCGAACACGGGUAUGGACACAGACAAGGUCAAGAUCUUCGGCGCGAGGCUGAAGGUGGAAUCGACGGGCAAGCUGGCCGAGCUGGAGAAGGCCGAGCGAGAGAAGAUGAAGCAGAAGGUGGAGAGGAUCAAGGGCCACGGGAUCAAUUGCUUCGUCAAUCGACAACUCAUCUACAAUUGGCCUGAGCAGCUUUUCGCCGAUGCUGGGAUCGCGAGUAUUGAGCAUGCGGACUUCGACGGUGUGGAGAGGUUGGCGCUGGUAACGGGGGCGGAGAUCACGUCUACGUUCGAUCAUCCCGAGCAUGUUAAGCUUGGGCAUUGCGAUCUGAUUGAGGAGGUCAUUAUUGGUGAGGACACGUUGAUCAGAUUUUCUGGCGUGGCGGCGGGAAGGGCAUGCACGAUUGUGCUGCGGGGUGCUACGGAGCAAUUACUCGACGAGGCGGACAGGAGUCUCCACGAUGCUUUGGCGGUCAUCUCGCAAACCGUCGGCAACCCGAAGAUUACGCUUGGUGGUGGAUGUGCGGAGAUGGUGAUGGCGAAAGCUGUGGACCAGGCCGCUCAGAACGUGGCAGGCAAGAAGGCGUUGGCUGUGGACAGUUUUGCUAAGGCUUUGAGACAAUUACCGACUAUCCUGGCUGACAAUGCUGGUCUCGACUCCAGUGAUCUUGUGGCGAGGUUGCGGAAGGCGGUGUACUCGGGUAUGUCGAGUUCGGGAUUGGAUCUCAUGACUCCAGGCGGUGGCAUUGCGGAUAUGCGGGAGCUGGGUGUGGUGGAGAGUUAUAAGCUUAAGCGUGCGGUCGUCAAUUCUGCUACGGAGGCGGCGGAGUUGCUGCUGAGGGUGGACAACAUCAUCAGAGCAGCACCGAGGAAGAGGGAGAGGAUGUAA